AAAAAAACCGAAAGCGAAGACGCGCUCUCGAAGCAGGCGGGCAACAGCAGUGGGGGAGGAAACACCACGAAUUCGCACUUCCUCUUUCCAUCACGACCACCUCAGCAGCAAAGACGAUCGAUCGAAUCCGCGGAAUGGCAAAGAAGGACUCUAAAAAGUCCGAUGGAGCCACCACGAGCAACGAUACGGCAGCGGCAGCGGCAGCGCCGGUCUUCUCGGCGGAUGCAUUAAGCAAACUUACGGAGCGCAUUCAGCGUGACUUCGAGAAGGCCAAGAGCGGUGGAGGGAAGGCGGGAAAGAAGGAUCGCAAGAAGGGGAAGGACAAGGAGAAGGCCGCCGAUGACAAGAAGCCGAGCGACAAAUCGUCGGGGAAGCCGCUGCCCGCAUCUACGACUGUGCCCAAGGACAAGAAGAGCGGCGACGUAAAGGCGGGCAAGAGGGACCCACAACCCCCUCAGAGCGACAGGUUCAAGGACUCCCAGAAGCCGCAGCAGCGAGAACCGAGGCCCGAGAAUUCCUCGAGACCGGCCAAGCAGCAGAAGAGAGAGCCACAACCGGCACCGCAGUGGCAGCCCCAGCGCACCAAGCCCCGUUCUUCUACCAGCAGCAAGCCGUCCGUGGACAAUGACCCACCCCCAAAGAAGGUUGGAUCUACCAGCAGCAAACCGUCCAUGGACAAUGACCCAUUCCCGAAGAAGGCUGGAUCUACCUCUAUUGACAAGGAGGCGCUGCUGAAGGAAAUCAUCGAGCUUGGCGGAACCGCUGAGGAUCUUGCUCUGGUAGAUGGCAUUGCUUCGGACGAUGAGGAAGAGGAGGGUCUGGUGAUUAAGGAGGUCGGCAAACCGAGGGAUGUUAAGUUAACCGACAUUGAAGCGUUCAUGAAAGAGAUCGGUUUGGCCAGUGCGAAAAUGUCGGAUGUGGAAGAGGAGGAGGUGUCAGAGGUCGACGACGAUGAGUGGGACGAGGAGGCAGGUUCUGAGGAAGACGGGGGAGAAGUCGAGGACGAGGAAGAGGAGGAAGAGGAGGAGGAGCAGGACGAGGCUACGGAAGACGCAGACGGCGAUGUGGAGAUGGAAGAAGUGGAUCCAGCGCCAGCCGCUGCUCCUGUCCCAAUAACUAGAAACUCGAAACUUGUUUUCCCCAAACGUCCUGACUGGCACGCAGAACCGCUUCCUCCCCUCACCGCACCUGUGCAGCCUCUUAUGCCCCGCGAGAUUAGACCUCUUCACGAGCGCGCCAAGACCCUCCUCCAGACCGAAAACGAUGUCUACAGCAAGACGGAGCUCGUCAAGUCCUCGGAUCGGCAGUUUUUGAGUCAGAUCAUGCAGGGCGGUACUCUUACCGAUAAGAUUUCCGCCCUCACUUUGAUCUGUCAGGAGUCGCCUCUCCACACUACCAAAACGCUGGAGAGCCUUCUCGGAUUGGCCCAGAAGAAGUCGAGAUCUCAGUCGAUCCAGGCGCUCGGGGCCAUCAAAGAUUUGUUUGCCCAGGGCGUGUGUCUUCCUCCCAACCGCAAGUUGAAGUUCUUUGCGAAGCAGCCAAUGUUGGGUGGUAAAGGGAUAACCGAUAUCCACUUGCUUGUCUGGGCGUAUGAGGACUGGCUCAAGAACUUCUACUUUGAGGUCCUGAAGUGUUUGGAGCAGUUGUGCACGGAUCAGCUUGUGUACGCGAGAACCCAUGCCGUGGGAUACGUCUACACAUUGUUGAAGGAAAAGCCGGAGCAGGAGGCUAAUUUGCUGAGAGUUCUAGUGAACAAGUUGGGUGACUCGGAUAAGAAAGUGGCCUCUAAGGUCUCGUACCUGCUCCUCCAGCUAACCAACGCACAUCCGGCGAUGAAGAGCAUCAUUAUCAAGGCGAUUGAGUCGGAGGUGGUGUUUAAGCCUGGCAACCACACCAACGCCAAGUACUACUCGAUCAUCACCUUGAACCAGACAGUUCUGUCUUCUCUGGACCAUGAUGUGGCCAACAAGCUCCUCGACAUCUACUUCGGUGUCUUCACCUCGCUGCUUCACAAAGAAAACUCUCAACCGAUCCUGACAGGUGCGAAUGCGACCGGUAAAGGAUCGCACUUUAAGUUUGUAGACGAGAAGAAGCAAGAGAAGGACGACAAGAAGCUGAACAAGAAGGCUCGCCUCCGUGCGCAGAAGGAGGAAGAGCAGUCUCAGAUCGAGGAGGAAUCCAACGCCAAGCUGGUAUCUGCGGUGUUGACGGGUGUGAAUCGUGCAUUCCCUUUCUCCAAAGUGGACGAUGAGGUUUUCGACAAGCAUAUGGAUACACUGUUCCGGAUCACUCACCAGGGGAACUUCAACACUAGUGUCCAGGCUCUGAUCCUAAUCUUCCAGGUUUCCAAUGCGAAACAGGCUGUGUCCGACCGGUUCUAUAGGACUCUUUACGAAUCUCUUCUCGAUCAGCGUCUCAUCACCUCCUCCAAGCAGGCGCUCUAUCUCAACCUUCUCUUCCGAGCACUAAAGUCGGACACAUCAGUCAAGCGUGUCAAGGCUUUCGUGAAGCGCAUUCUUCAGGUUGCCACGCUCCACGCACCAUCCUUCAUUUGCGGUAUCUUGUACCUUCUGAGCGAGCUGGAAAUCAAUAUGCCCAGCAUCCGCACCCUCAUCACCGAUCCCGAACCUAACGAGGAUGACGAAGAGGAGGUCUUCCGCGAUGUUCCGGAAGAAGACGAGAACACCCCGGCAGCUCCCAUCCCCAAGCCGGCCACACCGGUAGUGGGACCCAUGUACGACGGCCGUAAGCGAGAUCCCCUUCACGCCUCUGCAGACCGCAGUUGUCUCUGGGAGCUCCUUCCAUUCUUGAACCACUUCCACCCCACCGUCGCCCUGUUCGCAGAGUGUCUCCUUGAGAAGAAGCCAAUGCCCAGCAAACCGGAUCUUGGGAUGCACACACUCACUCACUUCUUGGACCGCUUCGUGUACCGCAACCCGAAGACUACGUCCGCCUCCACUCGUGGAACAUCCAUCAUGCAACCUCUUGCUGGCGGGAAGAGCUUGGGUAUGGUUAUUUCUACGCGUGACGGUAGGGCCCAGGUACCCGUCAACAGCGAGGCGUUCUGGAAGAAGAAGGUGGAGGAGGUUAAGCCUGAGGAGGUAUUCUUCCACCACUACUUCAACAUCACUAGACCUGGUGAGAAGAAUGAGAAGAAGAGGAAGAGGGAUGAAGAUGACGACGACGACGGCAGUGAUAGUGAAGCCGAGGGAGAGAUCUGGAAGGCACUCGUUGACAGUCGUCGUGAUCUUGAGGGCUCGGGCGAGGAGGAAGAUGUCGACUUUGAUGAUGACGAUGAUCUGGAAAUCAGUGAUGACGAUGAUGAUGUCGAGAUGGGUAACGAUGAGGAUCUUGACCUUGGGGAUGACGAUGACGAGUGGGGUAGCGACGACGGUGAGGAUGAUGAGGAGGAGGUGGAGGUCACUGGUGAUGCGGCCAUUGACUUUGAGGCACAGCUCGCAAGAGCUACUGCCAAGAGACAGAAGAUGCUGGAUACUGGCAGCGACGACGAGGACGACGGUGGUAUCCAAUUGAUAUCGGCACCCGUCGAGGAGGAGGCCGAGACCGAGAAAGACAAGAAGAAGAAGAGGAAGAAGAAGCUCAAGUCGCUGCCUACGUUUGCCAGCAUGGAGGAUUACGCGGACAUGCUCUCGGAUUAGGUGUAAUCAGUUGUGUGCUAUUUUUUUGUUUUGUUAAAAGUUGGGAUCUGAUUGUAGUAUAUGGAUGUGGCCUCUUCAUAUUGUUGCUAUAGAUUCUGUCUCACAUCUCUACACUACUCUAAUAUGUGUCUGAGUCGAGAAGAAAGACAGC